UUCAAUUUGUAGUUGUGCGCGGUAAAGGGGUUUUUGCGAAAUUUGACCUUGUCUUUACUGUGUUAGUUAGUUUCGAGAGCGCAAUAAAAGUCAUCUGUCUUUAUUUUGCUGCAUACAGUGUAAUUGCUCCGAUAAUCUUCCCAGUGGAAACACAAACACAAAUGUAUUUUUAAAAAUAUGAAUAAGUUGGUUCUGUUUCAAAUUUUGUCAUCUGAAGGAGGAUCCCAGCAAAUGCUACUUGUGAUACAUAUGAUCAAAAACAGAUUUCAAAAUCUACAGAAUAAUUAGGGCAGUACAUCAUGAAGUUCUCUGAAGAUUCAAGUGGAGUGCUUCGUUUAAAUUCGACUUCGAAUAAAACAGUCAAGGAAUAUGAUUGCCAAAAGGUUGGCAUAAAGCAUUCAUCCGCUGGAGAUGUAUGUGACGUUGUUGUAAGUCAGAAAAAUAUUAAUGAAUCCAAAGAAAGCUCAAGUGAUAGACAGAUGACGUUUACUUCAGCUGGUUCACAUUCAAACCACUCAAAUUUACACAGUUCAAGUGAAUAUCCACAGAAAGCAAGACGGUCGCUUUUAGACUGGGACAGUUUUAUAAAUCUACCUAAAAAGCCUCGAAAUCUGUCGUUAAAAACUGAUGAUUUAUCUCGAACGUUAGUUACAAAAACGACAGAUUCAAGAUCUCCAAUUAAAUCAAAACAAGAAGGUGAUAGUCGUGCAUCCCCUUGCUUAUCUCCUAUAAAAGCAAACGAAUUUGUUGGAAAUGUAAAGUUAGCACCUCUUCGGUGUAGUACAGAACAUGACAAGUUAUUAACUAAUGGUGGCUAUUCGUCUUCCGAAGAACAUCACAGUAAAAGUGUCCCUGCAAGGGGAGGCGAAUCAUCUGAUUUCAGCAGUCCUGAUUUCACUUUAUCAAGUAUCCCGGUUAAAAACCGUGCUGAAACAAGAAAACGAAGAUCUUCCCAUUUUGCCACCGCCUCCAAUGACUCCGAAGUAUCUUCAGACCAGCUAGAUAUACACUCUCAAAGGCAAAACCAAAACCAAAUUCUCAUUGGCAAUCAUAACAGUAAAAAAAGAAAGUUGUCACCUUCAGUUCGAAUUCGCAGAACAAAAGACACUUUUACAUGCAUAGCAAAGGAAAAUUUGCACAACGGUGUGCAAUCGCCUGAUUUUGCUUUUGAUACCAGUAAUUCAAUACAUUGUCAAAAGGUGUCAUGUCGCUCUCCAUGUGGUGCCUGUGAUCAUGAAAAUCAUAUAUCUAAUGAAUUAAACUUAAGAGAACUCAGCGGAAGUACUGCAUCUCAGCAAAAUCAUUCAUUGACCAAUAAUUCAUUCACAAUUACUCAUGUGGCAACACAACGGCCAUCUUUGAGAUUGAAAAAGUCAUCCAAACUUCCAAAGGAGGAGCUUAUCUCAACUCAAAAUCAAAGUAAUUUGGCUAACAAGUCCGUUUUUCAAUGUUUGUACUGCACGCGCCCAUUCUCAGAAAAACGAUAUCGACUGAAGCACAUGAUUGCUUGUCGGUUGGCUCCAAAAAACUUAACAAAGAAAAAAUUGCACGAAAUCGGUCGAAUGUAUGAGUCUUCAUCGAUUUCAUCGGGAAGCCCUAAUCUAGUUAAUAAUGUCGAUGAAGAGAUAUCAAUAAGCAAUGGAGUUAUUUGUCAAGCGAAUCAGACUCUUCAAAACGGACAUUCAGACGAAAUAGAAAAUACUAUAAAAAAGGAUAAAAACUCCCCUCAAAAUUCAUAUCAAAAUAAUCCAAAGAUGAAUCAUGAUGUUGACUCACAAUCAAAUCCAAUCACUCCUUUUCUGUCUACCACUACUAAUCCAUUUAUUAAUUCUGAUGAUUCAUUAAAAACAGAUCGUAAUACCUUAACUACUAAUACAUUUGAUUCUCACUUAGUCACAAAACGUUCAGAAAAUAAUUUAUCUUCUAAUAAUAAUGAACCAUAUGAAUCCGAUGAAAAUAUUUGGCAAAAUUACAGACCCUCUUACGGUGGACCUUAUACAUGUUCAUUUUGCUAUCGUGUGAUCCAUAAUCGUUCAAACUUUUCUAGACACAUAGCCUCUUGUAAGGCUAGGAUUUCACUAAGUACGCGCAGUACCCCAAAACCAAAGCCUGCGGUACGGAGAAAUAAACGCAAAUUUCAUUUUGUGUUUACCCCUACUCACAAGGUGACACCACAGUUGAAGAAUUCAAGAAAAGAAUUAUUGAAGGGUGGAAUGUCGAAUACUGAGCUUAAUAAGGUUGAUCACCGACAUUCAAAUGGCGAUGCAGACAAUAAUGAAAUUGCAAUGAAUUCAGGUGAUAAAUCACUGGAUCCUCGUGGUCUUUCUACGUUAGAUAAGAAUGUGACUGAUUUAGUAAAUUCAGAAGACUCACAACAUGAUUGUACCGAUGAACAUCUGUUUUCGACUGGAUGUCAUCAGGACAACCCCACUGAAGAUGAACAGAAGAAUCGGAUGUCUCCAUCGACGAGUGGACUGGAGACAUCAGAAGGAGCAACAACAACGACAACAGCAACAACAACAAUGACGACGACGACAACAACAGGAAAAUCGAGUGAACAAGAUGUUUCGAAUGAAAAUUUAACUGCUACUCCCUUCAAAUGUAACAUGUGUUCAUUGAGGUAUCGCCAUAGAACGUCACUUUUACGUCAUGCACGUCAAUCGAACCACCAGGUGGAUCUGAUUAGGACUCGUAAGAGAACAGACUAUGUGAAGAAUAAUAACUCUGGUAUAAGGAAAUCAGGGGAGUGUUUGAAUGGUGGUGGAUGCAUGGAUAAUGAGAUGGUAUCGAAUUUGACAUGGAAAGAAUAUUCAGAGUCGGUGAAGUUGGAUUCCAAAGUUGUUGAGAAUGAGAAUAUCGGGCAGGUAGUUGAUGAGGUUGAUCACCGACAUUCAAAUGGCGAUGCAGACAAUAAUGAAAUUGCAAUGAAUUCAGGUGAUAAAUCACUGGAUCCUCGUGGUCUUUCUACGUUAGAUAAGAAUGUGACUGAUUUAGUAAAUUCAGAAGACUCACAACAUGAUUGUACCGAUGAACAUCUGUUUUCGACUGGAUGUCAUCAGGACAACCCCACUGAAUCCGAUGAAAAUAUUUGGCAAAAUUACAGACCCUCUUACGGUGGACCUUAUACAUGUUCAUUUUGCUAUCGUGUGAUCCAUAAUCGUUCAAACUUUUCUAGACACAUAGCCUCUUGUAAGGCUAGGAUUUCACUAAGUACGCGCAGUACCCCAAAACCAAAGCCUGCGGUACGGAGAAAUAAACGCAAAUUUCAUUUUGUGUUUACCCCUACUCACAAGGUGACACCACAGUUGAAGAAUUCAAGAAAAGAAUUAUUGAAGGGUGGAAUGUCGAAUACUGAGCUUAAUAAGGUUGAUCACCGACAUUCAAAUGGCGAUGCAGACAAUAAUGAAAUUGCAAUGAAUUCAGGUGAUAAAUCACUGGAUCCUCGUGGUCUUUCUACGUUAGAUAAGAAUGUGACUGAUUUAGUAAAUUCAGAAGACUCACAACAUGAUUGUACCGAUGAACAUCUGUUUUCGACUGGAUGUCAUCAGGACAACCCCACUGAAUCCGAUGAAAAUAUUUGGCAAAAUUACAGACCCUCUUACGGUGGACCUUAUACAUGUUCAUUUUGCUAUCGUGUGAUCCAUAAUCGUUCAAACUUUUCUAGACACAUAGCCUCUUGUAAGGCUAGGAUUUCACUAAGUACGCGCAGUACCCCAAAACCAAAGCCUGCGGUACGGAGAAAUAAACGCAAAUUUCAUUUUGUGUUUACCCCUACUCACAAGGUGACACCACAGUUGAAGAAUUCAAGAAAAGAGUUAUUCAAGGGUGGAAUGUCGAAUACUGAGCUUAAUAAGGUUGAUCACCGACAUUCAAAUGGCGAUGCAGACAAUAAUGAAAUUGCAAUGAAUUCAGGUGAUAAAUCACUGGAUCCUCGUGGUCUUUCUACGUUAGAUAAGAAUGUGACUGAUUUAGUAAAUUCAGAAGACUCACAACAUGAUUGUACCGAUGAACAUCUGUUUUCGACUGGAUGUCAUCAGGACAACCCCACUGAAGUAAGUACUUAUUUUGAAUUUGUGUGUGUUUGUUUGUUUAUUAGGGAAAUAGAUACAGUAUGAGAGUGUGUAAAUUUUUUUUGUAAUGACGGCUGUUAUUCCGUUCUAACUAUCCCUCACUUGUGUAGGAUGAACAGAAGAAUCGGAUGUCUCCAUCGACGAGUGGACUGGAGACAUCAGAAGGAGCAACAACAACGACAACAGCAACAACAACAAUGACGACGACGACAACAACAGGAAAAUCGAGUGAACAAGAUGUUUCGAAUGAAAAUUUAACUGCUACUCCCUUCAAAUGUAACAUGUGUUCAUUGAGGUAUCGCCAUAGAACGUCACUUUUACGUCAUGCACGUCAAUCGAACCACCAGGUAAGUAGGUAGGUAGGUGAGGAGUGGUUAGAUUGAAUGAGUUUGAUGUUCAUGUUCGGUGAUGAUCAUGAAAUGGUUGUAGUAGCAUUGUUUUUCGAUCGUGGUGAGUGUAUGGGAGAGUGUGUGAGGGAGGGAGUUUGGGGGAGAGGAAGUAGUAAGUGACGAAGAGUUUUGUGUUUUGGAAUGUUCAACAUGAGUAUUUUGUGAAUAUGUUCGUGAUUAAAUUGUUUGUAAGGGUAAAAAUUUUUUAUUGAUGAAUGUUUUUAGGUGGAUCUGAUUAGGACUCGUAAGAGAACAGACUAUGUGAAGAAUAAUAACUCUGGUAUAAGGAAAUCAGGGGAGUGUUUGAAUGGUGGUGGAUGCAUGGAUAAUGAGAUGGUAUCGAAUUUGACAUGGAAAGAAUAUUCAGAGUCGGUGAAGUUGGAUUCCAAAGUUGUUGAGAAUGAGAAUAUCGGGCAGGUAGUUGAUGAGAUGAAACAAAUAUCUGAAACUCAUUCGUCAUCCAAUAAUUCAUCUAUCCUAACUGGAAAGACUUAUUCUCUUGGCUUACGAAGUCGCAGACUAUCAUUACAAUCUAAUCAAAGUAUCCGGAAUAUAGAAACUCCAUCUAUUAUAUCAAAGUUAAAUAGAAGAAAAAAUAGAUCAGUUUCUCCAUAUUCACUUCGUCAUCCACGUAUCGAAGAAGAAAUAUCUAAAUGUAGUCGUCGAUCAUCGGUGUCUACACAAUCUUUAAGUGAUAAUUUAAUUGACGAUGUCAGAUCUAUCAUCUCAAAUGCAACAACUGUCCCAGCAUCUGAUUGUAGUUUAAAAAUCAAUGAAUCAUCAUCAUUAUUUACUUGUUCUUGGUGUAAUCGUUCUGGAUUUAAGUGUUGGCGUUACCUUCAAAUACAUCGUGCACGAUGUUCAUCUCAUCCAAAUCGAUCCAAUAAACAAAAAUCUAUUUUAUCGACGAACAAUAUUUCACAAGUUAAAACUUCUGUAAUUUGUGAACAGUGUAAUCGAGAAUUUCGAUCUGGAACUGGCUUAAAAGUUCAUCAAACUUUAAUGUCUCAUCAUAAUAAUAAAUCAUUCAUUCAUAAAAAUGAAUUAUCUAAUAACUUAUUAUCACAAUCUAUCGCUUGUCCAGGCUGUUCACAUGAUUCACCAUUAUUUGAAUCAACUGAAAAAUUAUUAAAACAUUUACUAACAUUAAAAUCAACAAAUACUACUACUAAUACUAAUCAUCAUCAUCAUCAUACAAAUCGUAGUCAAUAUUGGCCUACUGUAUUAUCUGUGCCUAAUUUAGGUUAUGGUUGUCAUAUAUGUGGAAUGUUACUUGCUUCAGAAUCACGUUUAGAUAAACAUAAAAAAGCUGUUCAUGAAGUAUGGCUUUUUCAAGAACAACAAAAUAUUAGUCCAAGUAAAAAAUUAUCUACUUCUACUUCAUAAAUAUAUUUAUAUUUAUAUUACAUGAUUGUUAUAGUUGAAUGUCUUCAUUUUCUCUUCUUUCCUUUUUCUUUUUUUAAAAACAUUAUUAGUAUUUUAUCAGACAUAGUUAUCGUUUUUGUAAGGAGUCAACUAUCUGUAAAUUUGUGUAAUACCAAUAAUGUGUAUAUUAAUCUCUUCUUAAUUCUUUCUCUUUCAAAACGUUUUCUCUAUUAUUACGUAAUAAUAACAUAACGAUGAUGAUUAGUAAUGGGAUACAUUACAAUGAUCAGUCGAAUGUUAAUGGAUUAAGACGAUAUGAAUAUUUGUAAUUAGUACUUAUUUAUGCCUUCAUUCAUGUAUUUUUGUGUGUACUAUUUCUAGGCUUUUUUUUUAAUUAAAAUUUUUAUUUAACCUUAUUUUUCAAAAAAAAAUACAUAUUUUCUGUGUUAGAUAUACUACUGAAUAGGAUUAUUUUUUAAAAUAAUAAAUGUAUAUUAAAAGAAAAAUACUCAGCAAAUUUUUCAUCUUUACUUCGUUAACUCCUUAACUUUUUUUUCUUUCAAGUUUAAACUCAGUUUUCACCAUUUUGCCUUUGUAUUCCUCUGCUCACUCAUUCACUCACUCUACUUAAUUAUUUGUGACUCAUUCCAUCUUAUCUCUGUAAACUUACUAUCACAUCAUUAACAUCUUUCAGAAGUAAAAAAAAAUCUUUUUUUAUCAUAAACAAAUCAGAUGUAUGUUUUUCAGUGUAUAAGAUUAUUAUGCUUUUUAACUAGUACUGUUAUCAUUAAUUAUAAUUCUAUUAUGUACAGUUUAUAGUGUGAAAAUUGUUUUGCGUCUCUAGUAUUUGUUAUUUUGUUGUGUUUUCUCCCUCCCAGCGUAUUUCUCAUGUUCUCUUAGAAAACCACAAGAAAAUUGUAACUGUGGCAAUGAAUAGUGAGAGAUGGUGGAGAAAAGGGAAAAGAAUUUCUUUUUUUUCUGCUUAGGAUUUUUUUUAAUGAAUCGUUCUUUUGUAUGAAAAUAAUAAAUUUAUUCGUUUGCUUUUUAUCAUUGUUGUUGUGAUGGUGAUAGUGGCGGUUGUAACUGUACCAUUUCUAGUGGAUAUAUUUUAAUGCAAACAUUUCUAGGUUUGUGUUUCAAUUAUUCCCUCCCUCUUCUCACUCGUCUACUCUGUAUUUUUUAUUUACUUAUUUUACAAUGUGUAUCAUUUUCUCUUUUUGUAUGUGUAAAAGAGAAUAAAUUUUUUUAAUGA